AUGGCAAUUGCCUAUCGCAAGUACAUUGCCGACUACGUUCAAAACUUAUCUACACUCUAUCCAGACAUCCUCCCCAGAUCUAAUCACCACAUGGCAUUCCAUAUUUAUGAUUUCCUUCUCCUGUUCGGACCUGUACAUUCAUGGUGGUGCUUUCCAUUCGAGCGACUGAUUGGUUGCCUCCAGUGA